AUGCUGGGGAAUUUAGACAGCAAUUCUCGGAUUACAUUUUGGAAACACUUGGCUACCUGUAAACCUUGGAAAUGUCACCCAGCAUUGCAUCGGAACGAUGUGUCCUAUGACAAACUGGUGGGGUUUACAAUCCACGCUGAUGGGGCACAGAUGUAUUCUGAUGAUGAGUUCUUCGUGUAUUCAAUCUCGAGCGUGUUUUCUUCUGAGGGAUGCACAAAAGACAUCCUGUUGGUAAAAAUACCACUGGCCAUCAUCCCUGAAAGACAAAUGCGAUCGAAAGAUGUCCGAGCUGCUGUGAACAAAGUGGUAGCCGAUGUCACUGCUUGGAGCUUGAAGAUCUGCACCUCCGGUGUGGGACCGCAGCGUGGGUUCUACAAUGAGGCGUUCCCAGAAAAGUCAUACCGCCAUGGUCUGAGUGGAAAAAUUUUGGCCGGUGGCUGGAAGGGAUGUUAUGUGGCAUUCAAAGCGGAUUUGAAAGCACGAGUUCAAGUACAUGCCCUGACUCGCAACUACUUGUGCAAUCUGAUUUGCGACCGCUGUUUGGCAGCAACUGGUGACAAGUGUCCUGAAUCUAUGUACUACAAGAAUUUCAGUCAUACAGCUGCGUGGCCAUUGACAGCUAUUGAUCACGAAAUGCACAUGCAGAUGGAUACCCCUUCUCCAUGGUCGGUGGUUGAAGGCUUCAACUUUGAAUCCUUGUCCUACGAUUGGCUUCACAAUGUUUACCUCGGUAUUGGAAGGGACCUCGUGGCUAGUGGGAUACUGGUGCUGAUAGAACACAAUGUAUUUCCACUUGGUGCAGACCUCGAUGAAACUUUGGGGAAUGUUCACCGGGAAGUUCGCAGAACUUGUGCCAAGAACGGGCUCUACUUUCCAUGCAAACCGCAGCUCACCAAAGCCAAUGUGGGUGGGAGUGACGAUUUCGCCGUUCUGGGAUCUCGCUUCAAGGGUGCCACAGUCAAAACUUUGAUCUGGUGGUUGGCAGUUACAUCCCAAAAGGUUUCUGACCAAAGACCCACUGAACCUAUCCUUGCUUUACUGGCAACCUGUUGUUUUUGGAUGCAGCGAUCCAUUCACAUCCAAGACCGCUCCGGCCUCACAUUCUCCAGGAUCACGAUGCUUGUGAAGCUGGGCAGUCUGUCAAGCUCUACCUCCGGGCGUAUGUGGAUCUGGCUGCCCGCUACUUUUCCAACAACCGCAUGUUGUUCAAGAUUCGCCAUAAGACCCAUUACAUGA